AAUAUAAAUUAAUAGUUUUUUAACAUUUUAGAAGAUAAUACAAUAACUCGAUUUUUAAAUCUAAAUUAAGUAUUUGCACAUUUAUUUUUAAAUAAACAUUUGAAGAGAAAAUAAUCAACAAACUUUAAAAUGACUAAGCAGCCACAAGGAGAAGACAAGAAAGUUACUGAAAUGGGUUUUACGCCAACUCCACGACCUGGUGGUUUUUUAAAGAUCAAAUUAGAUGUAAAAGAAAAAAAGAAUAAAGUACUCCAAUUCGACCAAUACCAAAAUAUAAUAAGCAGAGUAGAAGAUAUGGAAAAGAAUAAAUUUAGAACUGAAAAGACGGUUGUUAAAAACCCAACGCCACCAACGAUAACACCGAUAAGAAAUUUAAAUUUGCCAAAGAUUUCUCAGGAAUCGUUGUUUGACAAAUGUCUUAUUGAGAAUGAAGAUAAUGGAGAAACGCAAAAUGAGUACGAAAAAUGGUUGGAUGAAACUGCUCCAGCUAACGACACCAAUCUCAUGGAUAAUCUCGAAGAAGCGAUCAAUUUCAUAGUACUUUUAGCAUCUAAGCCAGAGGCGGAUUCCAGCGAUUUUGAUGAAAUGCAAGCUAUUUCAGUAGUACAAUUUUUACGUACCAUUAAAACACCUAAUGGAGUAUAUGAGCCUAACAAUUUACGAUUGAUGGAGUACAUUGACAAAAAAGGCGAAGAAUUUCACAAACAAUAAUCUAUUUAUAAAUAUACAUACCUAUUACAUAAUAUUAUACAUAACAAAAAUUAACACAGCGUAAUAAAAAUUUAGUAUGUAAACAUAGAUACAAAUUUUGUUUUUCAAUGUAAUCAGUUUUAACAUUUAAAAUUCUUUAAGACAUUAUUACAGGAACAAGUAACAACUACCUACUUUGAAUGAAAACGAUUAAUUAACCUAAAUUUUCCUAUGGUCAUUUUAUAAUAAACUAAUAUUAUGUGUAUUAUA